GCGAUCCUCAUGAAAAAUCACAUCUGGGGCAGCAGCACCGCCCGGACUCCCAUGGCUGCGGCGAUGCCGUGGAAGAGCGUGGAGUGGCUGCAGGAGGAGCUGGAGUCCAGCGGGGGCAGCUCGCUGCUGCUGCUCGACUGCCGCCCGCACGAGCUCUUCGAGUCGUCGCACAUCGAGACCGCCAUCAACUUGGCCAUCCCGGGCCUGAUGCUCCGCCGCCUCAAGAAGGGCAACCUGCCCAUCCGUUCCAUCAUCCCCAACAACGAGGACAAGGAGCGCUUCGUCAAGCGCUGCAAGGCGGACACCGUCUUGCUCUACGACGAGGCCACGGCCGAGUGGCAGCAGGACAACGGCGCCCCCACCUCGGUCCUCGGCCUCUUGCUGCAGAAGCUGCGCGACGACGGGUGCAAGGCGUUUUACCUGAAAGGUGGAUUCAACAAAUUUCAAACCGAAUACUCUGAGCAUUGUGAAACCAAUCUUGACACCUCUUCUCCCACCAAUUCUCCUCCUGCAUCUGUCCUUGGCUUGGGCGGGCUGAGGAUAAGCUCCGAUUGUUCAGAUGGGGAGUCUGACCGGGAGCCUAGCAGUGCCACAGAGUCUGAUGGGAGCCCAAUCCCGAACAACCAGCCAGCUUUUCCUGUCCAGAUCCUUCCCUAUUUGUAUCUGGGUUGUGCCAAAGAUUCCACCAACUUGGAUGUCUUGGGCAAAUACGGCAUCAAGUAUAUCCUGAAUGUUACUCCCAACCUUCCCAACAUGUUUGAGCACGACGGAGAAUUCAAGUACAAACAGAUUCCCAUCUCGGAUCACUGGAGUCAGAAUCUCUCCCAAUUCUUUCCCGAGGCCAUUGCUUUCAUUGAUGAGGCCCGUUCGAAGAAGUGUGGUAUUCUUGUUCACUGCCUAGCUGGCAUCAGCAGAUCUGUGACGGUAACAGUUGCCUAUUUAAUGCAAAAGCUCAACUUGUCUCUCAACGAUGCCUACGACUUUGUAAAAAGGAAAAAGUCCAACAUCUCCCCAAACUUUAAUUUCAUGGGCCAACUCCUGGACUUUGAGAGGACCUUGGGGCUCAAUAGCCCGUGUGACAACCGCUCCCCGGGAGAACAGCUCUACUUCACUACCCCAACUAAUCACAACUUGUUUCAGCUGAACACUUUGGAGUCCACAUGAAGGAGAGUUUCUUUGGGGUGGACCCCAAGCCUUGAAUAGCUUCUCUUGAGCAUUUCAAAUUCCUGAAAGGGGAAAAAAAUCUUUCCAGUCAGCCUUGAAAGAACUGGUUUCGCCAAGCAGAGCUGUCUGGUUGCUGCUUUACUGAAAAAGGCAUAUGCCAUUUAUUAGUAUUCUGAUGCUAAUCAAAAUGGGUUCAGAGGAGUUAACAUUUCCAGAGUUACUUAAUGUGGGGAAUGACCUGGCAUUCCGAACGCAGCUGUUACUGGCAAUAACUUGCUUUCCUGAGUGUGUAGAGACUGACACAAUGCACACCCCGUACACACAUACGCGCAUGUACCACACAUAAACAUGACUUGUGUGUGUUAGUUUGGUGUGGAAAGCAAAGGAGACGUAUGCACUUGGCAACCUUGACCAAUAAGUGUUGGCCUGAGACUGUUGUUUUAAAACCCAGUUUACUUUUUUAAAAAGGAGGUAAUCUUUACUCUUUCUUGGGUUCAAGCUCUUUUUAAAUAUGUAUGUUCCUGACUGUUUGUACAGACAAGGUUGCAAAACCAGUAUUUUAUUCUGUUUUUGUUCAAUUUCAUGUUUUUUAGAUAAAAAAGAGGAAGAAAAAAAAUCAAAUGUUUCUAUUGACCAAAUGCAUUUUGCACACUUUGUAAAGCCUUGAUAUAUUCUGGCAUGUUACUGGGUACUGGGAGAGAGAGAGAGAGAGACCUGUUGCUACUGUUUGUUAGCAUCUGGUUGGAGUUUUCCUGACUUGAGAGGGCCAGUUGGUGAUCAGACCCCUCUCUUCAACAUGCCCACCUUCACAAUCUCUUCUGCACUGAAUCAGCCAAGGUGACUAAGCGCCAAUGUGCUUUUUUUAAAAUACCAACCUUGCCAAAAAAAACACCCCAACCCACACCCUACUCUACGCCAAUUGCCACUCUGUUUGAUGUUAUCUGCGAUUACAUCUCACAUAACCUCCAUUCAGAGCUGGUAGGAGCAUGUUUUGAGGCUCUUGGUUGCUCUGUGCAGCCUGUUACGACUGUUAACGUCACCCAGCUGGCCUGAAAUCAUCCCAGCUUCCGAAGCAAGGCAAAUACUUUCAGUAACGUUGGCAUUUAUCUGGCACACUUGAUUCUUCUGUGUAUGUGUAUGUGUGUGCGUGUGUGGAGGGUGCAGCGGCAGCAGGGAGGUUAAAGCAGAAUCAAAUGAUACUGCUACUUUAAAAAGCUUGAGCAGAGACUUUUUAAUGCAUAGCCAGAGGACACCUUGCUUAUGAACCACAGGAAGACAUGGUAUUAUGUCGUUUAGAAAGGGUGUGGGGAAACUGGUUGAUUUCUAAGGCCAUUGGAGCGUUUUGGUGAACUUUUUUUCUAGGUAACUUCUUUGCUGUGCCUUCUACAACAAGAAGACUUGUUUAUAUUUCUCACUAAUGUAUUAUACUGGAAGAGGCAGAAGUGGUGCUGAAUUAUUGCUAUUAUUUUCGGGAGGAGGGUAAAAUGGACAUGGAAAAAAAAUAUUGGCUGCAAUGUAGUCCCUCCUUUUUCCCUGCCUCCUUUCCACUUUCACUAUCAAAGUAACUUUUAAAAAGCCACGGAGUCCCCCCUCCCCCAAUAUUCAGUUUCUAUAUAUCCCCACCCCACAAAAAAAUCUCCAUGUGGAAGAAUGUUUAAUGCUGUCACAUCAUGAAACUGUGGUGUGUGUGUAUGUGUGCGUGUGUAUGUUUUUAAAAAAGAAAUAUUACCAGAAUAUUGGAAUGACUUGUUUUUUGUUGAGUUUUUUUUCUUUGUUCUUAUUUUUUUAAUGUAACAAUGUUGGGGUUGUUGGGUCACCAGGGCAGGAAAAGUGGAGCACUAUGUGUGGAUGAGCAAGCAAAUGAGAAAUCUCCUAACUGCAUCUUACCUCAAGGAGGAAUUUUUAUUUUUCAGGGAUUUAGUGCAUCUGUAUCUUAAGCUGGUUUGUAUAAAGGCUUCCUGUGCCAAUGGUGGUCUUCUUAAAGAUGCAUCCUCUUCGUAUAAAUGAGAACUUGUUAGUGAGGGACAGCUUUUGCUUUCUGUGUUUAUGAAGGAAAAAUGAGUGACCCUAUAUAUCCUGAACCCAAUAUUGGGACUUUGUUUAUAUUGCAAAUAAAUAUUAUUUUUUCUUUAAAAACCA